AUGGUGCGGCUCCUUGGUGCUCUGGCCGGGGGCAUGCUCUGGUUUCGGCUACUGUUGCUGUGCGUCGUGGAGUUGGAGCUGGGUACCGGGCUUUCUACUUUCCAGGGUUUCUAUCUUCCACCUGCGAGCGGGUCGCUUCUCGCACCUGCCCGGAGGACAGACGGGGUGGUGCGGACCAUUGACCGGAUUUACCACGGAGGAGGGAAGGUUGGGUACCUGGUGUACCUGGAUGGGAGCCGGUUUCAGCUGGACAUGGAGCGGGAUGAGUCGGUGCUGUCGCAUCACUUCAGCCCCCAGUACGUGCUCGCUAUGAUGGGUCAGAGCCCUGCGCCUGUGCAGCGGGAGUGCGUGUACCGCGGGACAGUGAACUCCAACUCGGAGUCUCUGGCCGUGUUCAACCUGUGCGGAGGAGGGCUGGAGGGCUUCUUCGCGGUGAACCAGUCGCGCUACACCAUCACACCUAUCAUCAGGGCGAAGGGACACGAGCACGACGUGCGCGCCCUGCAGGACAAGGACGCGGAGAGCGCGCUCCACGUGUUCACGCGCGAAAGUUUCAGCUUCGAGGCCAUGAGCGAGGGGCGCGAGAGCUGCGGGACGCGCGACAGGCGCAGAGGACGCAGAGACGCGGCGGGGAAGCGGCGGCACAGAGGUCGCGGGAAGGGGAGACGGGAGCGACAGGGGCUCAGCAGGGAGGGCGCGGAUGAGCAUGGCCGGGACUGGUGGAGCCGGUUCGCCAAAGCAGCCGCUCCGGAGCCUGGCGCGCGGCGCAAGAGGUCGGUCUCACGCGCCAGGCACGUGGAGCUGCUCCUGGUGGCUGAUGACACUAUGAUCAAGAAAUACGGCAAAGACUUGAACCACUACUUGCUCACACUGGCCUCCAUCGCCUCCAAGCUGUACGGGCACGCCAGCAUUGAGAACCCGAUCCGGCUGUCGGUGGUGAAAGUGACCACGGUCGGUGAGAAGGAGAAGGGGCUGGAGGUGUCCAAGAACGCGGCAGCGACGCUCAAGAGCUUCUGCAAGUGGCAGAACCAGCAGAACCCGCUGGACGAUGACCACCAGCACCACCACGAUGCCGCCAUCCUCUUCACCAGGCAGGACCUCUGUGGCCACCACUCCUGCGACACCCUGGGCAUGGCGGACGUCGGCACCAUCUGCUCUCCGGAGAGAAGCUGUGCUGUGAUCGAGGACGACGGGCUUCACGCUGCGUUUACCGUCGCGCACGAGAUAGGUCACCUGCUCGGUUUGUCCCACGACGACUCCAAGUUCUGCGAGGAGCGCUUCGGGGUGAACAGCGACAAGCGGCUCAUGUCGUCCAUCCUCACCUCCAUCGACGCCUCCAAACCCUGGAGCCGCUGCACCUCGGCAACCAUCACCGACUUCUUCGACGACGGCAACGCCGAGUGUCUUCUGGACUCUCCACGUCAGCCCCUUCUCGGCCCCGAGGAGCUCCCGGGGCAGAGCUACGACGCCGUCCGCCAGUGUCGCCUGGCCUUCGGACCGGAGUACACGGUCUGCCCGGGCAUGGACGUGUGUUCCCGGCUGUGGUGCGCCGUGAUCCGCCAGGGACAGAUGGUGUGCCUUACCAAGAAGCUGCCGGCGGUGGAGGGAACGCCCUGCGGGAAAGGACGCAUCUGCCUGCAGGGAAAGUGCGUGGACAAGACCCGCAAGAAGCACUACUCGGCGUCCAACCACGGCAGCUGGAGCUCUUGGGGUCCUUGGGGUUCGUGCUCGAGGACUUGCGGAGGUGGGGUGCAGUUUGCCCAGCGUCUGUGCAACAACCCGCCGCCGAGGAACAACGGGCGCUACUGCACGGGGAAGAGAGCCAUCUACCGGUCCUGCAACGUCACUCCAUGCCCGGCGUCGAGCAAGAGUUUCCGCCAGGAGCAGUGCGAAGUGCGCAACGGUCCCCAGACAGAUCCCAAAGGGGUGAAGACUUUCGUCGAAUGGGUGCCGAAGUACGCUGGAGUUCUCCCGAAAGACGUGUGCAAGUUAACCUGCAGGGCGAAAGGAACGGGAUACUACGUGGUGUUCUCCCAGAGGGUGGUGGAUGGGACCGAGUGUCGUCCUUACAGCAGCUCGGUGUGCGUGAAAGGCAGAUGCGUGAGGACGGGUUGUGACGGCAUCAUCGGCUCCAAGCUCCAGUUUGACAAGUGCGGGAUAUGUGGAGGCGACAGCACGGGGUGUAUACGUGUGGUGGGAAACUUCACCAAGAAGAGUAAGGGCUACACUGACGUAGUGAAGAUCCCUGCAGGCUCCACUCACAUCAAGGUCCGUCAGCACAAGGCCAAGGACCAGACCCGCUACACCGCCUACCUGGCCCUCCGGCGGCCCAACGGCGAAUACCUCCUCAACGGCAAGUUCAUGAUCUCCACCUCCGAGACAAUCAUCCCCCUCAACGGUUCUGUGCUCAACUACAGCGGCUGGAGCCAAAGGGACGAGUGGCUCCACAGCAUGGGCCCCGGGGCUCUCCUGGAACCGUUGGUCAUCCAGAUUUUAGCUACUGACGCCAAAAAGCCCCUAGAUGUUCGCUAUAGUUUCUUCAUGCCCCGAUGGACAGCACCGCAGCAGCCGGCAGCUCCGCUCAUCCCAAAGUCGACGCCCUUGCAGAGCACUACAACAGCUUCAACCACGACGAGAACCACCACCACCAGUAGCACCACUACGACUUCCUCCGCUCCUCCUGUUGUGGCCCCGGGGCCACCUACAGCUCCAGGUCCUUCAACCCCAACCCCAGGGCCGCAGUGGGUAACGGGGACCUGGAUGACCUGCUCCAGGACUUGUGACACUGGUUGGCAGAGCCGGACAGUGCAGUGCAAGGACCAGGAUGGAAAACUGUCGAAAGGCUGCGUACUGGGCGCCCGACCCUCAGCCUUCAAACACUGUCUGGUGAAGAAAUGUUGAGGCGGCAGGAGAGGGAGUGAAUUUUAAAACAAUUUGUAGGAACAAGUUGUAAUCUGUACAUCUCAUAAAGGUCUCAAGUGCUGGAUGGAUGUAGGACUAUGAACUAAUAAGACGUAGAAGCUUAAACAGGACUGUGAAUGUUGACGGAGAGCGACGGGACCAGACAUAAAGAGACUCAGAGACAGGUUGGCGUGGAUGUACCCGACUAUAUGCCAGAGGAAGGACCUGGAAUCAUCGUAGCUAUGCAGAGCACAACUAGAACGGAGGACAGUUUCAGUAUGAUAGUAAAGAGUAUCGCCCUGGCAUAGCUAAAGACUUAAGUUGCAUGUCAUUUCCACAUGGACAAUAACUGAUUGUCUUUACUUCAGCCUCCAAACUCUGGAGGCUUAGUGUGUGUUGCCCUGUAACGGCAUGCGUGUUGUGUCUUUUUUAUGCUUCCUUGUGUUCUAAUCACUGUGGGAAUUUGGAAGUCACACCUCUUUUGUCAUGAGUGUGUCCAAGACAAGAGCCCCAACCACGGGAAGCACUCGUUUUUCGUCUCGCCAUAGUUUCUGCCCUUGAGGUUCCCCCGAUCCACAGCCAUCAUACAACAUGUCAGGAUCCUGGAUGGCCAUCUCCUGUAGCUUUAAUGUUUCAGUCACUGAGUAGCCCAUAAAAAUACUUGGAAAGAUGUUGCUGACCAAGGAUCUCUCCCGUUAGAUUCCAAUCAACGGUGAUCUUCAUUCCCAAUGCUUAUCAGUGUUCUCCCUGUUCUACCUGGUGCGACUGUGGCUCAGGGUUGGCGGUUCGAUCUCUGUCCUCUCCUGUCCACAUGCUGAGGCGUCCAUAGGAAAGACACCUUACAUGGCACCUUUGUCACCAUCGGUGUUUAAAUAGGUGGAUGAGAAACAGAUUGUGAAACACUUUGCCAAGUUAAUAAAAGUGCUAAAUAAGUGCAGACCGUUUCUUGUUGAGAAAUGUUCAAGUUACAGAGGAUGCACAUAUGUACGACGGCUCUGGAUCAGGGUUGAGAACAUCCCUCCAAAAAACACCUAUAAAUACGAUUCUGAUUGACUUGACGACCAAGAACGAAUGGGGAAACCCAGACUUUGUUUUUUACUGGAUGAUGCAUUUCACCUAAACAAAGCUAAGGAGCGUAUCAAUCAUACCAAGGGUGCAGUAAGUCUCUAAGCGACCGGGUGUUCUUGCUCCUCUCUAAAACAGGUCGUUUUUACCCCAAGUAUCCCUUCUACUGAAUCUGAUAAUCACCUGUACAGUGCAGAAACAGCAGCAUGGUGUCGUUGGAAAGAAACCGACAAAGCUGCAAAGCAACCAUGACACUCCUUAACGUUUAUGGAGGUAAAUGAUGACUCACAGGUUCGGGGCGAUGCUUGAUUUUGAUGCCUGUGUAAGUGUGUCUUCAUGUACCCAGGCCUGUGUUUUACGCACGUACAGUAUGUACCGUGAACAUGUGUUUGGAUGUUGUUUUUUUGUUCUCUACUGCGUCUUGAAAUUUCUCACUCUCAGUUCCACUUGUAUCAAUCAUUAUGCUGGUGCUGGGAGGACUGUUGUUUUUUUUGUGUUGGUUAAUAUCUGUUUGUCUGUUUAUCUGUUUAGGAAAUGAUGCUAAUUUGACAAUGUGUGCCCUGGAUACUCGCAACGACGGCAAGAGAGAUACUAAUGCAGUCAUUACUGUCCUUUUGCAAUUCAACUCUCUCUUCGGUCUUUUCAUCCAAUGUUCUUUUGCUCAUUUCACAUCCUGCGUUUGUUUUUGUUUUUUUUUAGCGCUGAUGGGUGGAGUUGGCCACGGUACAAAACUUCUGAGUUUGCCACAAAAACAUGAGGGCAAGGUGGUAAUGUUACAUCUAGUGGGGACAAGUAAAGGUCAGCAAGCCCACGAAAAAACAACUUUUUACUUAACUUUAGUGAAAAUAUUUUGUAUUUUUUCCCAAGUUAUAAGUUUAAGCAUCCACCCCAAGAGGAUUACAACAAAUACACUCAAUAUUACUUUUAAAUAUUUCAACAAAAACCUGUAACUCUACAAAGAUUGCUAGAGUUAUUUUUUGGCAAUUUGCAGGCCUGACUGCUCUUUAUCAAUUUUUAUCCACAAUUUUUGGCCAUUUUUAUGCCUUUGUGUUAUAGUGACAGCAGAGAGAGACAUAAAAUGUGGGUAAAGAUAGGAGGGGAAUGGCAUGUCGCAGAUGAGCCCCAGCAGGGAAUCGAACCAGAGACUCACCGCUCAGCGCAUUUGUAUCCUCUCUGGUAUGACCCCUGACCCCUCAGCUGUCAGGUCGCCCCACUGUCAGCAACUUUAUUAGAACUACUUUCUGUCAUAGCAACAGGCUCUAUGACAGCUGAGGAACACUUGUUGGAAGUGCUGUUGCUGCUUAAUUAAAGAAAAGACUGAACAUGUUUUGGAACGCGGGACAGUUAGAUGAGAACAUCGAUACAGCUCUCGUGUCUGUCGGUUAGAAGCCAGGAUACAGCUCAGUACGAUUAGCCUAAAGCUAACUUGGCUCGCUCCAAAAUAUGCAAAUAUGAAUUCAGGCAUUGGCAAGUUUACUAAUUAAUACAUGAUGUCAUGUUUAUUUGCUUUUUGCAAAAGUCAGAGUGUGAAAAUUGACCCCAAUUUGCUGCUGUUUACCAUCUUAAAGUGCAUUUCCCUGAAUGUUGAACUAUGUGAAGGUGAGAAAAUGUGCUUUUCUGUAAUUGGGUGAACUGAUCUUUUAAAGCCAUCCAUCUCUGGUGUCUUUCCGUUAAAUAUAAUGUUAAAGCCAGAACUCAGCUCAAUGAAUUAAUAUAAGGUUAGCUUGGAUCUGUCCAAAGAUGAAAAAAAAAAAGUCUUACUUAAAGCUAGAGGUCAUGUUUCCCAUCUUGAUGCUAAGCUAAGCUAACUGGCUGUUGGCUCCAUAUAUGAGUGUGGUAUCAAACUUCUCAACUAACUCUUGGCAAGAAAGCAGAUAAGUGCAUUUCCACAAAUGCUUUAUGUAGCUUCGGUGAACUAGGUCCUCCACCCAGUGUCAUAAUAUAAUGUAUUUAAGAUUAACAUCGCUCUUGUUUCUGUCCGUUAAAUGUAAUGUUAGAGCUGGAUACAGUCAGAUAAGAUUAGCAUACGGCUCUGUACAACAAUUGAAAGUCUUGUUUAUUUACUUAUCACAGAAAUCAAAAGGUAAAAAUUGACUUAGUUUGCCCUUGAGUCCUGUAUUAAUGCUAAGCUAAGCUAAUAGGCUGCCUGCUGCAGAGUAUACUUGAGUGUGGUGUCAAUCUUCUCAGCUAGCUCUCAGCACGACAGCAAAAAAAAUAUAUUAAAUUGAAAAUUGAACUAUGUGAAGCUGAGAAAAUAUGAAAGUUUGGGUGGACUAAUCCUUUAAAAAUCAUCCCAGCUUCAUCACGUAACGGAUUUAUCACUUUUAAUCGAAUCAAAGCUGCAUUAAGAGUGUCAGUAAUGCGCAUUUGCAUCAAGAUGAGGCUUCUUUUUGUGUCCGUUCAUAUUUGAGUAAAAACAUAAGCUAUUACCCCCUCUCUCAUGGAUGGUAAUUAAGCCCCGGUGUUACAAUGUAAACUUAAUUUCAUAACCACUGGACCAGUGGAACACCUUCCUGCAUUUGUGUUAAAAUACCUGGCACCCAUUAUGUUUUCCUGUGUGGCAAACCUCACCCAUCUGUCACCCGUGCAGGAGAAAACAAAGCCUGAGAAAUCUUUUCAGACACGACGCAACCCGGUCAGCAAAUUCAGAAAGUUCUCUCUUCUCCCCCUCACACAUCCAGAUUUAUUUACACAAUGUAGACAUGUUUGUACGACAAAUAGAUCUCUCAUAUAUGUAGUACUCAACCAUAUUUAAACAGAAAUGUACACAUAACGAUCCAUCAUCUACGCAGUUUUAUGAGUAUUUCCGACACACACACACUCCACAGACACACACAAACACACACAACCUACUCUGAUUCUUCCCGUGGGGAGACCGACGACAGAAACACAGCACUGAACUUGUAAUUUAUUGUUUGUACAACUUGCUAUGUGUGAAUAAAGAAACAACGAGAUGAGUUUUAUUUAUUAUAGUAAUUUUGUAUCAAAUUACUAUUUAACUUAGGAACAUGACUGUGCAGAAUCAUUCCUUUGUAAGAAUAUAGUGUUUUCUUUUCUAGUCAUCCACAUGAAUAUAUGUAUAUAAAAUCUAUAUAUUUAAA